AUUCAGCGAAUAUUCCGUAAAAAAUAAGCAACCGAAUUGGAUUGUUAAACGUGUGUGGUCUUGAAGGCCUUUUGAUAAUCGUUUUAAAAGCUAUUAAACAAUAUUUUAAUAAGCAUAUAGUUGUUUAGUAUAAAGAAAAGUGCAAUUGUGUAAUUUUAUUCAAUAAAUAAUAUAAUCAAUAUAGUGUUUGUGGCAUAUUGAGACACUAAUCGGAAUUUGCGUCAUAAAAAACUUGUGUGAUAAACACCAAAAAUAUUACAUUUAAUAAUAAGACAAUAACGCACAUAAAUACAUACAUUAAAAACGUGUUGUUGCCAAAAAUUACAUAUUAUUAAUUAAAAGCAAAAGAUAUUCAAAAGACUGGAAAACCAGUCAACCCCUCCCAGUCAAACGAUAACAUUCCAAUUUGUUUGGACGAGGGGUAACAUGGGUAAAGCGCUAGCAAACUAGUCGUGUUGGUGAGUCAUCAAAGAUAAAAUCGCAGCGCUUACCGCGCAAACAAAAGCAAAGCACAUAUACAGUAGCGACGAGUGACAGCAGCAGCAACAGUUCCAAGGCCUCGUACAUAUUUCGUGUUGACAAAAGGCAAAACAGCUGAAGAUACUAUAACUCGUUAGACGAUAUACUAGAGUGACGUCAUCACCUUGCGCAUAGACUACAUUCACACACAUAAUAAGGAAUUUACUAUGAAAACCACUAUCAGUGCAACAACAACCACCAACACAGCUGUGACGAUUAACAGCAACGCACCGUCGGUUAACAUCUUACCGAAAACGGAAGUUGGCGACAUAAAUCUAACUUUCCAAACACCAAACGCCGCUGCACCAAGUAACAACAACAACAGCGUGUCAAAUAAGCGGCCUAUUUCAUUAGAUUUGAAUAAAAUGGCGGCAAAGAAACAACGUUUGAUACCACCGCUUAGUAUCGAUUCACCCAAUUUGGACAGCAUGAAAACCAUAAAUACACCUGACAUUGAGAAAAUGUUGCUGAGCAACGUAAUGCCGACGCCGCAGCCGGGUGUGAUAUUCCCCAGCAAAACGAGUACGGUUACCUCUGAGCAGGAGGCAUAUGUGAAGGGUUUCGAGGAAGCGUUGAGCAAUUUGCAUCAAAGCAAAAAGUCACAGGCCGCACAGAUAACGAACAGCAGCAGUGCUAAUGUAGCAACGACCGCGACGACCACCACGACAAACAUUGUGGGCACGGGCGUUAGUGGCGGUUCAUUCACCUACACUAAUUUAGAAAACUUCCCCGUUGCCAUCAAGGAUGAGCCACAAAACCCCGGUUCGCCAGCGGCGCUCAGUCCAAUCGAUAUGGAAACGCAAGAGAAGAUCAAGUUGGAGCGCAAGCGGCAGCGUAACCGUGUGGCCGCCUCCAAGUGCCGUAAACGUAAGCUGGAACGCAUUUCCAAGCUUGAAGAUAAAGUUAAAAUACUCAAGGGCGAAAACUCCGACCUCGGUGCAGUGGUUAAAGCGCUGAAGGAUCAUGUAGCACAGCUCAAAGAGCAAGUGAUGGAUCACUUUAACUCCGGUUGCACAAUCUCCAUGUUAACGGAUCAGCCCCUGUUGGCGGGCAAAUAACAUGAGGAUUACGUGGUAGGCGCUCGAAAGUUAGAACAUAGGCAAAAACCGGAAACGCAACUGCAUGAAUUCGAUGUAAAAUCAGGGAAUGGACUAAUGUUGGAGCGUGAUACGCGUACGAAAAUAUUGGAUUUGAAAAAAGAAAAUGCUAGCCAAAAGCAACAACAGCGCGCUACACAUAACAAACAACUAAAACUGGUACGCAACACGCUGCAACAACAGCAAGAUGAAACUGAGGCAAAUACUGACUUAUCGGAUUUACAA